AUGAAUGUUCAAGAUUCGUUCGAAAUUAAACACUGGUAUAUUAAAAAAGCACAAUUUAAUGGCGACCCAAUCAUUGAAAAGCUUAUGUGCAAAGAUAUGACUUUUCAACUUGAAUUAAUGCCAAUUGAUCACGAUCCAGCUAAACCGCUUCAAGCAACACUUCGUUUAUGCGGCCGUGUAUUUGGUCAGCGUAAUAUUAUCUGUAAUUUGAAUAUUCACUAUCCAAAUAAGAUUCGUCCUUUCAUUAAUAUUCCAAUUUGUUACUGUUUUAUUACUACAGAUCCGAUUUACACCGUUAAAUCAAAGAUUAGCUUCAAGACACUCGAGCGUGGAGGUUGGUUUAACAAAGAUACACUCCAUAUUACUGUAACGCUCGCUCCAUCUCCAGAAAUGCCAAAAUCUAUUGGACAGAUAAAGAAACCACCGAAUUUAAACGACAUUAUUCGUCGUAUUUUAUCACCUCAUGACGUUAAAUGCAGUUCUUUACUUGAAAAAGCAGAUAUUAAUUGGCUUUGCGCAGCAUCUUCAUCAUUACUCUUAUCUCAGCCAACUCUUCUUCGCGUUAAAGCUCCAAUUUUAUGUGUUGCUGACCUUCAUGGUAGAUAUAUCGAUCUUUUACGUAUAUUCAAGAAAUAUGGUUUCCCUGACAAGGUCAACUACUUAUUCCUUGGCGAUUAUGUUGACCGUGGUGAGGAUUCUCUCGAUAUUAUCACAUUACUUUUAGCUUUAAAGCUUCGUUUUCCAGAGAAUUUAUACAUGCUUCGCGGAAAUCACGAGUGCGAAUUAAUUUCAAGCCAAUACGGUUUCAAAGAUGAAUGCAGACGUAAAGGUGCUCCAUAUCAACCAUUCAUGUUACCAUUCGAUUCCUUACCUUUGGCCGCAAUAAUCAAUGAUAAAGUUUUUUGUGUCCACGGCGGACCAUCGCCUUCCAUGACAAGUCUCGAUGAUAUACAGAACUUCCCAAGGCCAAGAGAACUGCCAAAAGAAGGAAUUAUCAACGACCUAACAUGGGCAGAUCCUUCGAGCAAGGUUCAGUUCUACGGCCCGACAAUCAGAAAUACAUCGGUUUCUUACGGUAGAGAGGCUGCAAAGUCUUUCAUGGAGACUUUUGGCUUCGAAAUGAUUUUGAGAGCGCACGAAGUCGUUCCUAACGGCUACAAGUUCCCGUUCGGUGAAGAUAUGAACGUAGUUACAUUGUUCUCGGCUCCAAAUUACUACGAUGAGAACCUUGGCGCAACAAUGGUUUUCGAUGAGAACCUUCGUUACGCUAUUGACUCGUUUAAGGACUCAACAAAGUCUGAGGCAGCUGAAAUAAUGGCUACAGACUUCAAUGACCAGAUACAAUUGUAA